AUGAAUGAAAGCAAGGUGAAGAAACACUGGCAGAAACCCCAUCAAAAAGCGGGCAUUCCCCAUGGAUCAGUUGGAGUUUUGAUUUCGGUCGAGGGAAAUGAGAAAGGAGCUGUUCGCGAAUUCUACAACCUUCUUGAUGCCUUUGUCGACUCGGAGAAGGCAGCCGGAAGAAUAUAUUCCAGUAAACCUGAGGUCCAAGAGGAGCAUGAAGGAAAAGUUGAUGCAGCUGAUGAACUUGCCGCCGCUUGUGCGGAAUUGUCCGAAAAGAAAGGCAAAAAUUUGGAGAAGACAUACAUCAGACCCAAACAGGUGAGUUGACGGUUCAUUUGAGUUUAUUUUGUCUUUAGUUUCCCACCAACGUCAAGAAUUUGAUCUUCUUUCAAAUGCCAUGUUCAGUAUCCGAGCUUUACGAAUUGGGAAGCCGGUUCAUCGAGAAAUGUCAAACCAUGAGAUGCUGCAGAUACGUGGCUCGUUGUGUGCCAUUUGAGAAUGUGACUUCAGUUGAUUUGGCAGUGUUGGAGCAAGAAAUCGGCAAGGUUAUCGAAAGACAUUUUGGACUUGCUACUGACAAGAAGGAUACCUUCAAUCUGGAGUUCAAGGUGAAUAUUUUUCUCUUUUUUUGUGACCUGAUAGAUCUAAUCGGUCAUACUCUUUCUAAUUUUAGGCCAGAUGCAAUGACAAGAUCAGUUUCGAGGACAUUAUUAAGAUUGUUAACUUCCACAUGAAGAACUUUGCUCCUUUAUGCAAAGUCAACCUUUCAAAUCCUGACAAGUCGAUUGUAGUCCAAGUAAUCAACAAGGCGGUCCUGAUUGGAUGUGUUAACAACUAUGUGGGGCUGCGGAGAUACUCCACCAAGCCAAAGGGAUCAUCGGAGGUCGAUAGUGACAUCUCAGAAGAAGAAAGAAAAAUGAAAGAAAAGAAGGAAGAAGAAGAAAAAUUUGGUGAUGUUACAAAAAGAAUCAAUGAAUUGCGUAAAAUACACCAGGAGAAAGUCGAGGUAGAGCCUAAAGUUGUGUCUUGCAUCUUGCAGUAGGGACGUGGUCAAAGUUUGUUGAAAUUGUUGAGUUUUGUUGUUAGUCUUGCUGCUAAAGCGUCUUUUUUGGUCUAAAAACGGGUCUAAAUUUGUAAAGUCUGUGCGUUUUGGUCUGAUUUUUGAGAUAUUACAGUACUUAUGAAAGAGCUGAGAAAGAAAAUAAACGUUGAAAUUGGUGAAAGUAUUGAGUGGGGGGACAAAAUAUUAAUUUGAAGUGUGUUGUGAAGUUUGAGAGUCACAAAGAUGGGUAAAAGUCAAAAUUUUGGGGGGUUUUUUCCAUAUUACACAUUACAAAAAAAUGGUUUUAGCAGCAGAAGCGUGCGCAAAGAGCGAUCAAUGCCUCAGGGGAUUCGGAACACAAGGAAAAUAGACUGCCAGGACAACGAAGAGAAAAUUAUGACGGUGAUAGAACCUGGAAAAGUCAUCAAAGUUCCACCAACAACACAUUCCUCGAGCAAUCCCAAAAUUUCUCUCAAAGUGAUUUCGACAGAAGUCUGGCUGACGGUAAGUGACUUUUUAUGGUGUAUUAUGCCUUUAGGUAACUUGGCAAAGUUUGAGCAGACCACUUCCGAAGACUUCAAGUCGAAUGGAUCACCAAUCUUAAAGCCCAACAGAUCUCAAUUUUAUCCUGCAGAGUCCCCAAAAAUGGCUGUCAAAGAAGAAGAAAGUGUGUUGGAUGAUCUGAAGUUUACUGAUUUUGAGAAUCAAUUCUUUGCCGAUGUUUUCCGAGGACCUCCGAGAUGUGCUCGAGGCGGAAGAAGAGUACAGAUGCCAAGGGACUACGAAAUUCGUCGAAAUGUGAGAGAAAGAAAGCCUAGAAAUGACGGCAGACGAGAGAAUGAGGUCACUGGUACUCUCCAGAGCUCCGGAUUUGAUCACUCGGGAGCAGGGUACUAUCAAAAUAGCUGUGUUUCCUCGGCCAACACCUCGGAUGGCAAGUACAAGGUCGAAAAGGUCCAUAAACCUCCUCCAAGACCGCUGAAGCCCCCGCAAUAUCAUCCAGACAACAUCAAAGCGGCUAUUUUGACCUUGGAACAGCAAAUGCUGAGCCCACCAUCGGGGAUUUCACCUCAGAAUGUUGCACUUGGUGAUGGAGUGGUCUACUUUAAUUCGGAUGUCCAGACUCCAGUGAUCUGUCCAGCUCGUCGAGAAAAGAGAGUAUUGAAGAUCAAGACCCCUCCAAAGACCUUCAAAUGCAAGUACAAAACUGAACGCGAAAUUGCCGUUCAGGAAUGCAUGAAUUACAUGUUGGACUUGGUCGUCAAAGUUAACGAAGAAUAA